UCAUUUUUGCAGUUGGUGAUAGACUUCUCCGAAAGUCCGAACUCGUUAAAACCCUGGACAAUGUAGACAAUAUUUUGGUGGAUAUUCUUCAGAAAAGGCGAUGUGACCAGGAACAUGCGAUGGCACUGGAUUUCUCCAGACAGCUGAAGAUAGCUGAGCUGAAGAUGAUUCUAGUAAGACAACAGAGCUACAUCCAAAGACUUGAGUUACAGAAUAAGGAGCUGGACGGAGUCCUUAGAGGGGUUCUCUUCGACCCUGACACAGAGCAGUUCAGCGGCAAUUACUUUGUGCGAAACGCUGUACAAAGUGGUGAGGGGUUCAGCACUAUGGCAGAUAUAUUACACUGUGACAACGCCAGUUACCUCCCCGGCAAGUCAACAGACCCAGACAUGGUUGGCUCACAGACGUUUGACAUCGGGUCGAAAGCUCAACGUCUGUCUGCCGAGAGAGAGGUAAUAUUUGAUCCUAAAAUGCUGAAGUACAUGUGCCAAGAAACUCUAGCGGCCAUUAAUUCUGACAUCGCCGAGAUAGGCUCUGGUGAAAAGGUCAAACAUGGACAUGACCCGGAAAUAAUUCAAGUACUUGAUGGCGAGGCCAGAGAUCUCAAUAACUCGGGGGAUGAGAUAGCCAGCAAAGCGAUAGUGACAAAAGUGGAACCAACAGAAACAGCAACGGAUCCCGUCCUCGACAUCAACGGGAACAUUAAUCUGUCAUUGAUCUAGAAAGGAACAAACUGUUAAAUCUGUUUUAUCAGUCAAAACGUAGGUCAUUUUCGAGGUGAUAUGAUAUGUUUGUCAUUUGUUAUCGUUGAGGUCAAUGUAUUUAUGAUAUUGUGGUCAAAGUUUAAAAAAAAACAUGGCAUGACUUGAAAAUGUAAAAGAAAAUUGUUAGUAUUGAUAUUGUAAUAAAAAUACUGUGGUAAGUGUUGAUAUAAUUACAGAACUAUCGUCGUAAAUGUUUUGUAUUAUUAUAAAAUGUCUUUUGUAAAUUUUGAUAUUCCAAUAGAAUGACGUGACAAGUGCUGUUAUUGUUC